AGGCGGCCAACGGUUCGCGAAAUGGGCGCCUAGCCAGGAAGUAGGUGAUAAGGAGAACCAGGGUGUCCCGGAGAAAUUUCAAGAUGGGGAACUGCCAAGGGUUGUGUCGAUAUUAAAAUCUUCUCAGAGAGCAAACUGCCCCUUGGAAAAGAAAUUAACUAAGGUCUCAUUCAAAAAUUCUCCUGCACGGCACACAAUCCCUCACAAAAGAGAAGAAAAUACUGCUUGGGAGGAUAUUCGUAAACUUGACGAAGAACAGAACUGGACAGAGAGAACGCAAGUUGUGACCAAGGAAGAGCAUAAUUUUUACAUUGAAACAGCCAAGGAGUUACUUGACCAGCUUAUAGCUGAUUUACCCUGCUUUAGGGGGCAAUCAGGCACAGCUAUAAACAUGACAACUAAUGCUGAUCACCCAGAAAUUGAUGAAUCUGAGAUGUCUGUUGGCAAUAUCACGCAAGGGUCCGAAGGGCAUCAGAAUGGACCUAAUGAUGAUUUAGAUACAGAGCUCAUGUCGGACUUUUCAAAGUUACAAAUUAACAGUAACGACUGUCCACGCACAUUUUCACCAAUUGGUAGUGAUAGGGCAUCACCUGAUGAGCAAGAGAACUUCAUAGACAGUAACGAAGACAUCAACAAACUCCUUGCUCCACAUGAAAAUGACAACAUAGAAGAUGAUGUGUCGUCCACAGGAAAUGGUCACACUGACAAUUUACUUAAGGAGAUAACCAGUGAGGAACACUCAUAUAAGUCAGCUGAACUGUUUUCAGUGAACCCCUCGGAGCUUGAAAAUGAGUUUCAAGAGAGAAAUACACUGAAUGAAGAUGUGAUAAGUGGUGAAAAGACAGAGGAUGUUCAAGCUCUGUUUGAAAAAGAUGCAGUAAACCAAGUAGAGGUUGAUGAUCAGUUCGGAGAUGAGGCAUUUAAGCCAGCCAGUGAAGCCAUGUGGGAGCUUGACUAUUUGGAGCAGUGUGGCAACAACAGUGAGGACUUUCAAAUGUCAGCCCUGGCACGUCAGUCUUUGUAUGUUAAAUUUGAUCCACUUGUCAAAGGAGGAAGUUCUCAAACUCCAGUCAAGCGAGGUGUUGGGAUGAGAAAUAUGGCUCCACAGAAACCUCUGAGCAUGGGCGACAAUCUUCUCUUCAUGGAUUCACCAGCACCCUCCGCGAGGACCUCAGUACUUCAAGGAAGCCAAACCAACGAAGACCAAACUCUGUUAGAACAGGCAGACAGCCCGUGCGGGGUGGACAAGUUGUUAAACUUUUCUCCUUCCGAGACAGCUAAGGGUACGAAAACCGAAAUCGAAGAAGAAGAGGAGGAUAUAACUGUGGAAGAAUCCAACAACAUUGUGGAAACGCAUUCUGCGCCAGAGAUAAGCAAUAUUGAGGUGAAAGAGGAAGAAGCGCCGCGCGACAAGGUGCGGCUAUUUACCCAAGAAGAAUUAGAUGCAGCUGUUAAGAAAGAGACGGAAGCUCUCCGUAAACAGGCGCUGUUCAGUAGCAAAGACGAGUUUGAGGCAGCAGUCAAAAAGGAGACCGAAACUCUACGUCAGCAGAUGGAAGAGGAGGCUACAAUUCGUGAAAUGGAGAGCAAAGAAUUAACGGAAAGAAAUGAACAGUUAAGAAGAGAAACAGGGGAAUUAAGGGUUGUGAUGCAAGAAUACGAGAAGACCAUCGCUGAUAUGAUCGAAAAAAAUCAGAAGUCACAAGACCAAUUUAAUCACUCAACUUCAGAGGUGGCGAAAGAGCGAGACCAGCUUCAAUCUGAUCUGACAGCGGUAGAGACGGCCUUCUCAGAUCUACAUAGGAGAUACGAGAAACUCAAGGGAGUCGUGGAAAAUUUUAAAAAGAAUGAAGAAAUACUGAAAAAGGCAACCACUGACUACCAAGAGAAGCUAAAAAGAUCUGAAGAAAAAUAUCGCAUGUUAAAGAAGCACGCUGAAGAAAAAAUAGAAAGUGCCAAUAUCGAAAUUGCUCGAGUACGGAAAUCCAACGAGUCAGAGAUAGCGGUAAUGAAAGCGGCACUUAAGAAGGAACAAACGAAAUCAGCUAGCUUAGAGAUGAGUCUACAGCAAAAGAUAUCCGAAAACGCCGAACUCACGUCGAUUUGCGACGAACUUAUAAACAAAAUGGGAGGACAGCGAUCAUAGCAACACUAGUGAUUUUGUCUCUCCUUCAAAUUCCUGCUGGUUCUUGUCUUUUUUGGUGGAAGAAAGUUUAAAGAUGUUGUAUAUUUAGCGUAAGUUUUGUGGAGUAAGCGGAGGGCGGUCCAACGGUGAGAACACAGCGACUCGUCGACUCAAUUUUCUAUUGGUCAGUGGUGGAUCUCAAGACUAAUUUAGUGCUCCUUCCUUUUACGACUGUUACAGAUGGUAGAGAUAUUUAUAUACCGUCCUUGGACAAAUUCUUGGGCGUCUGUACAGUUGUAACUUUAGUUCACAAAACCUUCUUUUGUAAUGGCUCUUCCGCUUUAGGACUGCCUGUUAGAUCAUUGUUGGAAUGUAAUCUUACUGUAAAUUCUCAAAUUCUGUCUUUUCCAUUCGACUAGGAGAAAAAAAAAAAAAAACAAUUAAGUUAAUACCUUACCUUGUUCUAAUAGAACAAAACAUAAACAAAAUGAUACAAGAAUCAAUGUAUAGCGCGCAAAGUUGGUCACGCUUGUAACAAUAUUGUACAUUACUGUCUCUUACCGGGCAAGACUGGACACGAACUAAUUAAGGGUAAAGAAAUUCUGGAUGAUUUGAUGACUUCGAUUUCCUUUUUCGGUUGCCGAAUUUCAUCAUAUGUAAAAGACCAUAAUAAUGACCGUCAUGUAUUCAUCAGCGAAUGAUUUCAACAGGAUAUUGUCGAAUGAUAAUCUUUGGGUUUAAUUACCGAACCAAGCAUGAGGUGCUGUGAUGUCAGUUUUUUUGUUUGUUUCUUUUAUCCAUUUCUUUUGUCUAGCGAAGCCUGAAGUGUCACUAAAUCAUAUGUACAAAAUGA